CUGUUUGUCUGGGCUUCACGGAGUGACUGCCUGACCAAUGAGCUGUCUGUCUGGCUGCAGCGAGGGGGUGAGCGUCUUUCGAGGCCCAAUCAGCGGCUCAGUGCUGCCUGCCGGUGCCGGGGACUGGUGGUGAGGAACCGCUGCAGCGCGUCAGGACCGGACCGUGAACCCGGAGACGGUACACACCGAGGCGAAGGAGACACAGAUUCUUGCUGGAGGACCUGAUGGCACUUGUUGCUGCGGCAGAUACCAACAGUUCAGUGGGCUGAACAGAGAAGAUGUCAUGCAGCUUCAUCCUGGCUCACCUUUCUCAUCGGGAUUAAACCCAAAACCCUAACAUGGGCAGAGCCUCGUUCGCUAGUCCUGUAGCGUUAUCCCACCACUCACAGUCGCCGACGAGUCGCUGCUUUGCUGAGCAUAGUCAGUGUGUGGCUGAGCGAGAGAGAGCGAGCAGCAGGUGAAUGCAGCAGAGCGGAGGAACAGGAUGGAGCGGAUGUCUGAGGAGGCGCUGAGGCUUAACCUGCUGAAGCGAGGUCUGGAGUCACCCAGCGAACGAGAGGAGGCACUGGCUAAGCGUCUCAAAAUGGAAGGCCACGAGGCCAUGGAGCGCCUUAAGAUGCUGGCACUACUGAAACGCAAGGACCUAGCUGACCUAGCAGCCCUGGAGGUCACGGGGCCCCUGGGAGAUGGCAAGGGCCCCGGAGCCAGCACCUUGCACCACCAGAGCCUAAUGGGUGCUGCUUACGAGGAGAAGCUGAAUGGGAGUCUGAGGCUUGGAGGCCAUGGCGGCCAUGUUGGACCCAGUAAGAAUGGGAAGGAGAACAUCCUGGAUGAGCCGGUGGAUAUGAGCGCUGGGAGAAGAUGUGAUGCGGACCAUGACAGACGAACUCCGUCUCCAGAUGUCAUUAUCUUGUCAGACAAUGAGGCGUCCAGUCCCAGAACAACACCUCGCCCUGAAGAGCGCCUGCACCAGGCCAACCUGGACAUGUUCAAGGGGAAGACCGGAGAAGAGAGGCAGCAGAUGAUCAAAGCUCUGAGAGAGGAGCUGCGUCUGGAGGAGGCUCGCCUGGUGCUGCUCAAGAAGCUCCGACAGAGUCAGAUGCAGAAGGAGAACGUGGUGCAGAAGGUCCCAGUGGUCCAGAACGCCGCGUCCUCUGUGCAGCCCCCUCCCAUCCACAGCUCUCCUGGACUGGGAAAGCUGCCUGUGAGGCCCGGCCUGCACAACCCUGAGCCCCAGAAUCUCCGCACUGCACAGGGCCAUACAGUCAUCAGGUCAGCAGCCAAUGCCAACCUGCCGCCCAUGCUGAUGUCCCAGCGAGUGAUAGCCCCCAACCCUGCCCAGCUGCAGGGCCAGCGGGUCUCCUCCAAGCCUGGGAUGUCUCGCUCCAGCUCCAGCAGCAUGGCCAAUGCCGUCAGCUACCAGCAGGCCAGCCAGCAGGUGGCAGCUUCCCAGCGCUCAAGCUCCAGUGCCAUGUACAUGAACCUGGCCCACAUGCAGGCGGCGGCAGCAGGCGGGGUGGCGGGCGGCCUUGGCGGAACUUCAGCUGUCAGCCCAUCCACCAUGUCCAGCUCGGCCAGCGGAGGGGUGAGCUCCAUGGCCGACCAGGCCAGCAGCCAGGCGGCGGCCAAGCUGGCCCUGAGGAAGCAGCUGGAGAAAACCCUGCUGGAGAUCCCUCCUCCCAAACCCCCCGCCCCGCUCCUUCACUUCCUGCCCUCUGCCGCCAACAGCGAGUUCAUCUACAUGGUGGGCCUGGAGGAGGUGGUGCAGAGUGUUCUCGACAGUCAGGGUAAACUCAGAGGGACGCUGGCCCGCAUGGAGCCUUUCUUCUGUGCCCAAUGCAGAACCGACUUCACCCCACACUGGAAGCAAGAGAAGAGCGGGCGAAUCCUCUGCGAGCAGUGCAUGACGUCCAAUCAGAAGAAGGCUCUCAAAGCAGAGCACACCAACAGGCUGAAGAACGCCUUUGUGAAGGCCCUGCAGCAGGAGCAGGAGAUUGAACAGAGGCUGCAGCAGCAGGCGGCCCUCUCUCCCAGCUCGGCCCCUACUGGCCCCAACGCCUCCAAGACUGACACAAUGAUCCGACAUCAUGCCCUCCGCCAGGCUCCCCAGCCUCAGGCCUCUCUGCAGCGAGGUCUGUCCAACUCGGCACGAGGUGUCCUGUCCAACUUCGCCCAGGCCUCCCAGCUGUCAGUGGCCAGCAGCCUCAUGGGAAUGACUAGUGCCAAGCACUGUGGCAGCGGUGGGAGCAGCAGCGGCAGCAGCAAUAGACUGCAGCAUGACAGCCGUCGCCAGAUCUACAACAUCCCAGGGUUAAAUAUUGCCUAUCUGAACCCAGCGGCAGUUGGAGCCCAUAAGAGCUCCAGCUUAGCAGACCGGCAGAGAGAGUACCUGUUGGACAUGAUCCCACCUCGAUCCAUAUCGCAGUCCAUCACCGGACAGAAAUGAGCACCGCCCAGCCCUCCUGCCCCUCUGAAGCCACUCCCAUCCUGCCUUCCUACCCCAUACCGAUGCACUCCCAGAUCAACCAACAUCCCCACCCCAACUCCCCAUAGCAUGCAGUGCCUGUCCGUGUGCCUACUUUAAACCAACCCAUGACAACCCACCAAGUCGGACAAAGACACUAAACUGUCAGUGCAUCUCAAAUGUUCUUAUUAUAGUAAAAAUCUUCUUCGUCAGCGUUGUUUAACAAUUAUAAUUCCCAUUAUUAUCGCUGUUGGUAGCACUAUUAUUAUACCUGCAACUACCAGUUCUGCUUCAGUUACUAUUACUCAUUAUGCUUUUUUCUUUUCUAAGUGUUUUUUGUUAAUUUUCUGUUUCUGCUGUCACACCUUUACUUUGGGGAGUGACAGUGAAUCAUUGUAGGGCCACUUUAGGCCACAAUCAUGUAAGGUUUUGUUUUCUCAACUCUAUUAUAAAGCUUAGAUGUGACUAUUGCUAGUAACAGAAGAUCAACAGGGUGCAUUCUGGUUGCUAUGCAACAUAAAGUUUAUCAACUUUGAAGCUUUGUAAAAAGUGUUAGCUUGCUAACUUGAAGUAACAAAGUGGAAAAUACUGAUAGGAACAAAGACAGACUGUUUAGUUAGUAACUGCUCGGAUGAAGAGCCCAUUGUGAAAAUGGGGCACCCACACUCUUCCAAAGGGCCAGUUUCAAGAGCCGAUUUCACACUGAUACGUGUUCCAUGUUCAACAUGGAGUUCAGGGCAGUACCCCCAAAUCUUGAGGAGAACCUCUGCUACCAUCAGAGCUAAUAACUGGAAAUGACUGACUAAAGUUGCAGAUGUGUACAAAAGAGAAUCCUGUGUGAUCAGAGUUUGGAAAACAUCCUGGAAAAGUCCUAUGCUAGUGGGCUCCCACCAUUCCCCAUCAAAAGGUCAUCAUCCGUUUCUUCAUUUCAGAUGUCAGCCUGCUCUUGUUGCUCAGAUUUUAACAGUUACCAGACGGAUGCACGUGGGACAUACUGUAGUUCUACUAAUCAGGACUGACGGAUACAGCAACGUUGCGACUGCAACUUCAGCGGAUCAGCAGUCGACGGGGAUUCCAGUGAGGAGGGAGCUGAUCAUCUAGAAACUCACCCCCAGUGUACACAGGGGAACGAUGGUCCCCACUCAGAACGAAGCAAGUUGAUUUUCCCUCCUAGUUCCAUCCCAUCUCACUACCUGCCACUGACCUCUUCAUGUCCCCCCAAUACCUUUGGUUAUCCAGUAUGCACAGACUGAACCCUUUUUACCCAGCACCUCCUCUUGGCAUCACAUGUUUUUUGAGAAAGUGAAAAGAACUCACAUCUGAAGGUGGAAACACAAUUUGUGAAUCCAAACCACAGAUUCUGUACCUAGAAACAUGGGCUCCUUUUCUUGUUAUAUUUUUAAAUUGUUUUCUGAUUGUUGCCCCCCAACCCCCCCUUUUUUUUGGUUUGUUUAUUUGUUUGUUUUUUGCGGCGUCUCCUGAUGAAAUGGUGGCGUACCUGAGAGGUAUUAGCCCCUGGAGACGAUAAUAAUCAACAUAGCUUAAAAACAGAAACUAUUGAAACAUGGGUAUGGAUUAUGUAUAGAUACCUAGCUUCAGAGGGGGGAAAGGUUGUGGAUUAUAUCUUUAUGGGAGAGACAUGGAUCAAUCAUCGUGUGCAUGCUCUGCACACAAAUUGCCUCACUCCAGAGGAGCACUUUGCAUAUUUCCAAUUGGAAAAACAUUUUUUUAAAGAGGAAAAGAAUGUUACAAUUGAGAGUGGCUAAGGUCUGGAUGCUGGCUGAUGGCCAGGGGAGAUGUUCUGAGCAUUGUGGAUUGCAUCAAGGUAUGUUGUAAUGAGUGAUGAAUGGUCUAAUCAUAAUUUACCUACUUACUCAGCUGCUGUUGGUAGAUGUACCAGCAUUAGCACAGGGUCCCAUUGACUCACUUUUUAAUGCAGUGUCACCAAAGCAAUCCCACCUCAUAUUUCGAAAUUUGUCCCCAGAGCUGAUCUGGUAAUCUGUUCGGAUCCACUCUGGUGCUGAAAUACUGACAGUGUAUAAAAUACUAACUUCACUGUGUCAGACCCACCCUGACCUGUUUCCUGUGAUAGAUGAUCUUGUUCUGUUAAAAACCUUCUGAAGCAAGCAGAAACACUGACAUUGUGCACACAUUAGCAGGAAUAAUGAAGAGCAACGGGCAAUUGAGACUACUGGGAAUGCACCUUAACUACAGUCUAAAGAAUUUCAUUGAAAAGGGUUUUAAUGAGUGUUUUGUCUUUUGCACAGCCCAACAAGAAGGAAAUAUUCAGCUCAAUUCUGUGAUUUUCUUUGUUGCAGGGCUCAACAGUAAGGAUGCCCGAUUGCCCAGGGCAAGUAAAAUGCCACGUCAGGCUGGUAAAUCUAGCAACUCACUUGCCCGAUGUGGUUUCUUCGGACCUGAUGAUAGCUAAGGAGUGAGGCAUCUCGUUUCCUUCUCAUCUCUGUUGAGAGCUGCACACGUGCAGGGCCAUUCAGGCACUUGCGAGAAUGAGCUGAAGCGCAUUUCAGUUAUCCUGGAAACAGGAGUUUAGCUGGGUGGUUUUUCAGAAUAACUAAUAACUAAUAUUGUGCAGUUUGCCACAAGUCUGCGAGCAAACAGGGUCGUUUUUCAAAGGCAAGUCAAGUUUCCGAAACACUUCACUGGAGUGGCAGUACAGAGCUCACAGCAUCACUUGCAUGGCAGCUUAGGGGGCUGCCGACAAACAGUUUGUAUAGGGGCAUGUUAAAAUUGACUUCGGGCAAGUGAGGGGUAAAUAAUGUAUGUUGAACCUUGGGUAGUGGCUGUAAAUCACCCAAAUUGGCAUAACCCUAAUGUACUAACAACAUUUCAGUGCUUUCCUCAGGAGUGGUGGGCUCCCAGUUUACAGUAGAAAGCAUUUCAAGCAGUGUUCAGUACAUGUGCAGUAUUAUUUCAUGGAACAUGGGGAGUCCUUACAGAAUGACACAGAGGCUGGAACAUCAGUUUUGGUUUGAGAUGGAAGAAGCAGGCAGUGGGCUCUGAGCUGACCCUCCAACACAUUUCAGUCUGAUUAGUCAAGUUCAUCAAGUAGAUGAAGUUUACAGAGAAGUCUCAAAACUGCCACUACUUCCACAAAUCUUAUGUCUGAUUUGGAAAUGUGCAAAAUACCAUGCAAAGACUGUUUAGUGACUUAUUUUGGGACACCAAAUCCAUGGAAAACAUCUUCCAAGCACGUGCACAUAAAGUGUUCAUAGAGAUCAUCCGUUUGUGGUGAAAUAGCAUGGCACGGCUUCAUCAUUGACAUGAGACAGACACUGUUGCAGAGGGUUACAGGUCUAACACGUGUUCUGGCAGCCAUGUUGGAUUCCUUCAGUCCUGGGCAACAGCUGAUGUGCAACAUAAUAUUUAUCUCAGUUUCUGUGUAGGUAAUGUGUGUGAAUGGAACAGUCACUGAUUACGUUUGUGUUUGGAUAAUAUCCAACCGUUUGUCUGGUUACAUUGCACUCAGCUACUUCAUUCUGGACUCGCACUCAGCUUUUAAUCCUCUGUACAACUUUGUGCAGACACUCACAUUCCAAAUGUCACUUUGUUGGGCACUUUUGUUUUUGACCAAACACCUGCAAAACUAGCGACAGCCUCAUCAGCUUCAGCUGCACUCCAUGUUUGUUGGCAAAUGUUAGCAUACUAACAAUCUAAACUCACAUGGUGAACAUGGCAAACAGUAUACCUGCAACUUACCUGGUUAACUUUGUCAUUGUGAGUAUGUUAGCAUCCUGAUGUUGGCAUGUAGCUCAAUGCACUGCUAUACUAAGUAAAGCCACAUGUGGCAUAUUCUUGUUAAAGCUUUUUCUGCUGGAUGGCAAGCAAUGCUAAAAUGUAAGCUGUAAGCUAAAAAGCAAGAGAAGCUAAGGUGGCAGUUAAACCCCGUUUUAUACAAGUAUACAUUAUUUUCAAACAGCUAAGUUUUAGCUCACUAAGAAUCAAAUGAGAAAAGAAAGUAAAGCACUUCGUGUGUGUGUGUGUGUGUGUGUGUAAAACUGCUCAGUCUUGUCAACGCCUUUGACUGAAACAUAACUACUGUCUGCACAGUAGUAGAAGCUGGCAGUAGAAGUGUUAAUGUUUGUUAAAUUAGCCCACCAGCUAGUUAGCUAGUGGCUAACAAAGCCCCACUUCUGGGUUCACCACCGUUCCACUCGUCUUCAUUGCUCAGUGUUAUUUCUCAUCCUGGCUGAAAAGCUAACAUGUGAUACCGGGGUUUUCUGGGGUCCAUGUUCUGAACUAAAUUUCUAUCAGCUCUUCUGAUUGCUAGGAAAAUCUUAACACUCUACGGUUUAACUGGGAAGUUGUCAUUGUAACAAAAUAAUUGUUGUAUGUUGGGUGAUGAAGGGCUUGUUUUGUUUUUUUUUGUUUUUUCAGGCUAAUGCAGUAGCAGAAUGUGUUAUAGUUUGAGCCUUUUUUGAAAGGCCAAUGAAACAAAACCACCUUGUUUGGCUAAGGGGAAGGACUUCAGUUCUCUCAUUAGCUCCUGUUCUCCAGCCAAGACUAUUUAGGAUAAACCCAAAACGGAACCACAGUAAGAUAUACAUUACCUCUCCAGUGGAUGUCCUUGAUGGAGCUCCACAGGGUUGAGAGAUUUGUGGUGUACUUGCACAGCCUCUGCACAACUCCAGGUCCAUAUUGUCACGUGUAUUUGUUUAUGUGAAUCUGUGUGUCCACACUUACACUUUGCCUCUGCAUUGAUAUAUGCACAGUGGUUCGUGGUGUUUUUUCCAGCCAGACUGCCAGAUGGAUCUGUUCUGGUUCAUCACGUUAUGAUGCUAGGAAAAUGUGUUUGAGGAAUCCAGACCUGCCCGUCACCACAUCAGAAUGACCCGAUGGUAAACAAGACUUAGGCCAAGACAAUAAAACUACCUAGGAUUCGAUUCAGAAGUGUAGACUAACUUACACUUGGAACAACAUCGUUCUUGUUUAUUAUAAAAAAAAAAAACAUGAAUGGAUUUUCCCUUUGGUGGAACAGUUGAAAUUGGAUGUAGAGAUAUAUUUUCAUGUGUUUUAAAUAUCUGGGGUAAAUUUUUAGCAAUGUUUUUGUCAUACAUCUCCUAUUGCUGCCAAGCUGAAGUUUAGAAAAAAAGCUCCUGUCUCUUGCUCUUCUGAAGAUGCAUCCACACACCUUUGUAUUUGGACUGCAGAUUCUUUUCAAUUUUUAUUCAAAAGUCAUUCUUUUUCUGAGGUCUCAAUUGAGUUCUGUUUUCUUUCUAUUGCAGUUUUAAAAAAAGAAAAAUGUAUUGACUAUGAAAUAAAUGACACGAUAUUUGCUAGGUUUGAAGUAAUAAUGACUUAUUGUACAUAAGCAUUUUUUCCUCCCUUGUACUGAAAAAAGAAAUUAAAUGGUUGUAUAUUGUGUAGAAAAGCAAACAAAAAGCCAUGAAUAUUGUGAAGCUUGUCAUUUCGUUUUGUGAUCACUGUGUAUUAUUGUGUAACAAAUGUGCAAAAUGUUUGGGAUUCUUUUCCCCCCUCCUCUGUUUCUUGCAGCGGUCUCCCUGAAUGCAUUUGCUUUGGUUGUGGACUAGUUAGUUGGCAGGAAAGUGUUCAUUGGUUCAGACAGACUGGGUCUGCAGUUGGGUACACAUUACACAAUUCUUUUGUUUUCUUUUGGGGCAUUGAAACUUGAAAUAACUUUGUUUCUUACAUAAUGGUUUCCUGACCUUGCUUUAGAUAAAAGCACUUUGAAUGUUUCACUGUGUGUGUGUGGGAUUAAAUGGGCAGAACUGAGGGAUCUUCCUGAACUAAUGGUUUGAUUCAGGGUCAGACUGAUGUAUCAGUGAUACUGGUUCUGGUCUUGUCACUAAAGGACAGGACUGGCAUUGUAAGAUGACAUUUAAAAAGUAAACCGCAACAUCUCCAAAAUCCAUUGUUUCCAGAGUCUCUGCUGCUCUGAAGAAUCCAAAGAACACACUGAAGACGGUUCUCAUAGUACAUCUUCGAUAGAAAAGAGUUCCGGCUCUUCACAGUGGCAGAGGUCAACAGGGACAUUGAUUCUAGAAAGAGCUAUAUCUAUAUGCCUGUAUACUAUUGGGGGUAAGUGAGACAAUAAAUUACAUAAUGGGCUUACACACAAGAACAAUGAUAUGAUCCUAACCUGGCUUUCAGGAGGGUUCCAGCUUUUCCCCGUGAUUUACUUGCUGUUACUAAUACCUGUCCUCUAAGAAGGGAUUUCUGGAGGGAACACUAUUGGAAUGUUUGGCAUAAAAAUAGUCAGUUUUAUACAGAAGUGUGGCACUAAAUAUUCCAUCCAUGUUUAAUCUCUUUCAUCAGUGGAACCCUGGCCUGACCCUAUACAAUGGUUUUAGUUAAAUGGCCACAGUUGCUGUUUGACCCAAGAAGAGCUGACACUGAAUCAGUGACCACUUUUCCUGCCAACACCAGCAUACAACAUGUAUGGUCCUCUACUGUUUGGUUUUAUCUUCUAUUAGUUGUUGUUGCUAAUGCAGGGAAACAUUUAAUUGCAAAAUCAGUUUUAUCAAUUUUCAAUUUGCCUGUAGAAGAGUUUCUUUUGCAUAAUGUUGACAAUGUUGAAAUAAACAUCUGUGGAAGCAGAGACAGAUGAUGAAAUCGACCUGAGACUAAUUGAAGUCCAUUUUGUUUUGCUUACAUCAAUCCUGACCUUUUGCACAUACUUGAUAUUUAACGGUCUUCAAAAAAGUAAAAGAAAAUAAUGCUGUUUGAAUACUGCCAGUUGAUUGACAAUUAUGCAUUGAUUAAAAAAAUAAGCUAAUUUUGGAGGAAAUAACUUUGUAAUAUUUAUCUCUUGCAAGCUAUGUUUAAUAAAGGUUGAAACAA